AUGCCUCCCGGCGAACCCCCCCAUCCCCAAGCUUUGUUUUCGCUCGUGCCCGCGAAUGAACGAGCCAAAAGCAUUCUCACGUACCGAGACAAUGACCAUCUCGUCUCUUCUUUCCGUCCUUACCCGAACAACCCGACUGUUGUGGUUCAGGGGCUAGAUGUCGGUUUUCAUGUCAGAUCAGCGGCAGGUUGCACUCUUGCCAUUAUCGGUCGCAAAGGCGAUAUACAACUCAAUGAUCUCGAUAUCUCGCCCUACCAUUGCUCUUUCGAGCUUCAUGAGCACAACAGGGGGGAGGUAAUGCUCCAAGACCGAUCCCUGGACAACUCGACCCAGCUUUUCGGGCCGGCAGCGAUGCCCUUCAAGCCAGGACACCCUCACCGCAGAGUCCUUGUUGACCAGAAUAUCAAUCUGCUGUUUGGUAUUGGUGGAGCGGCUUGCGAUCUGUAUCAAUUCGAAAUUCAUUGGCAUGGCCGUGACGAGAGCAUGGUCCGCCAGUGUAUCGACACCAGACUAGGCAAUCCCUCCCAUGCUCGCACCAUCUCAUACGAGCCGCCGACUUCCGUGUCAUGUCUCCCGUUUGGCCGGAUUAGAUACUCGAAACGAGAGAGGCUUGGAAGUGGAACAUUUGGCGAGGUUUGGAAGGUCGCCAACGCCGAUACUGGCGCACAACUGGCUGUCAAACGGAUCAAGACGCCUCGGAGUGAUUCUUACCAAAGCUUCUCACUGAAGCGAGAAGUCGACAUGCUGUCUCGCGUUUCCCAUACAAACAUCAUAAAAUACAUCACGUCCCAAUCCGCAGACGACGGGCAUUUCGACAUUUUUAUGGAACUCAAAUCCGGAAGCGUCCAAUACCUGAUAACAGAGGACCAACUCUUUGCAAGAAGCACAGAUUCCGCCUAUUCACUCCUCUUCCAGAUGCUUCAGGCGCUUGACUGCCUCGCCAACGUAGGCAUGAUUCACCGGGACGUCAAACCUGAGAACAUUCUCUUUACACCGUUAUCGGAUGGGCAAUAUCUAUACCAGCUUGCAGAUUUUGGCCUCGCCAACCUAGCGGUCAACGCCCAAACGUAUGCUGGUACCAAACCGUACAUGGCGCCUGAAGUAUAUCAGGGCUCGAGGCAGCCCCAGACGGUCAAGAUGGACAUCUGGUCCCUCUUUGUUACUCUAGCGUAUGCCAUGAAUGCGGCCGGCUUUCAGAGGAAGCCAAGGCACAGUCGUGAGCAAGUAUUCAAGGCAGUCUGGGAGGCGGCCAACUGGGUGAGGCUCCGACAGUUCCGAGAGAUGGCAAUUGAGGACCCCGACUAUCGAGCGACAGCAGGAGACAUGCUGGACAAGGCUUUCUUUGGAGAGGGUCGUACAACUUCCUGA